UCGAGAAAUCGUGGCCCGGGGUGUUUGUUUGACUGCAGAAACCGGGCCGAUGGCGUGGAGCCCAGACAUAAUUAUUCGGUUUACUUUAUAGUAUAUGUUGUCAUUUAGUCACCCUAAAGGACUUCUACUAUACACAACUUAACAUACGAUAUCGCUGAUAACGCGGACUUGAUGUGAUAGUUUGAUGAACAAUUGGAUAUUUAGGCCAUAUUUCAAUUUAAAAGCAGAUCGAAAACUCAGCACAAUGGAUCAGGCGACGUACGUAUCCGGUUUCCAUGACAACGAAGCCGUUGCUAAGAUGCCAUACAACGUCCUUGGCAACACAGGAUUGACUGUAUCAGCACUGAGCCUGGGCGCUUCGUCUUUCGGUAGCGUGUUCCGGUCGACGGACGAUUCUGAGAGCGUGCGCGUCCUGGAGACUGCCAUCCGCUCUGGCGUCAAUUUGGUGGACGUGGCGCCAUGGUAUGGCCACGGGAAGGCGGAAUCAGUCCUUGGCAAGGGAUUGGUCAACAUUCCCCGGUCAUCAUACUACCUUACCACAAAGGUUGGCCGCUACCAACCGGAACCGGAAGCUAUGUUCGACUUCAGGGCGGAACGCGUGAUCAGCAGCGUGGAUGAGAGUCUUCAUCGCCUUGGCCUGGACUUCGUUGACGUCAUACAGGUUCACGACAUGGAAUUUGCGCCGAGCCUCGAUCUCAUUAUCAACGAAACUCUUCCGGCUCUUCAGAAGGUCAAGGACGCCGGAAAAGCGCGGUUUAUUGGCAUCACCGGGUACCCGCUGGAAAACUUCCGAACAGUUCUGACAAAAAGUCAAGUGAAGAUAGACACUGUCCUUACAUACUGCCGAGGCUGCAUGAACGAUAACUCUCUACAGGGUUAUAUGCCCUUCUUUAAGGAGCGAGGGGUAGGCGUGAUCAACGCCUCGGCAAUCGGGAUGGGUUUGCUGUCCAGUCGAGGCCCUGCAGCCUGGCAUCCAGCAACGCCCGAUAUCAAAACCACAUGCGCAGAUGCCGCAAUGUAUUGUCAGAACGAGGGAGUGGACAUUUCACGACUUGCGUUAAAAUUUACCGUGGACCAACCGGGUAUUGCAACAACGCUGGUCAGCACGGCCAGCGUUGAAAAUAUGAAGAAAAACCUUGAAUCAACGUGGACCCCGCUGACACAGAAAGAGCGGACAGUGCUGGACACUGUUAUGGACAAGUACAUGAAACCUCUUCACAAUAGAAACUGGGAAGGUAUAGAGGUUGCCAACUACUGGAAACAGAUCAACGAGUUGAAAUCGCCAUCGACCUAAUACAGUAGUCAUUCACUGUUCAUCAGACUGAUACAUACACAUAAGUUGUUUGAAUAUUUCUCUUUCUCACAAGUUAAAUUCAUUGUGUUUUGAUAUAGUUGAAUAAACUUGCUUCCGAGUUUC